CCUUCUGGAAGGUUCCAAAAACCGGAAACAGAAAGCCGGUAUAAAAGCGUGGUCUGAUUCAUUGGGGCACAUUUGUUGAGAAGCCUUAGCGACGUAACAGUCAGGUCCAAACUCUCUCCCGAGAAAACCAUCACCAUGCCUGAGGAAACACAGACAGCCGAAGUUAUGGACGACUCUGAGGUGGAGACCUUCGCUUUCCAGGCUGAGAUCGCUCAGCUGAUGUCUCUGAUCAUCAACACGUUCUACUCCAAUAAGGAAAUCUUCCUCAGGGAACUCAUCUCCAACUCCUCUGAUGCCCUCGACAAAAUCAGGUAUGAGUCAUUGACAGAUCCCAGCAAACUGGACAGUGGAAAGGACCUGGAGAUCAAGAUUGUCCCCAACAAGGAGGAGAACACCCUCACCAUCAUGGACACAGGUAUCGGCAUGACCAAGGCUGACCUGGUCAACAACCUGGAAAACCAGAAAAUCAUCACCAUGCCUGAGGAAACACAGACAGCCGAAGUUAUGGACGACUCUGAGGUGGAGACCUUCGCUUUCCAGGCUGAGAUCGCUCAGCUGAUGUCUCUGAUCAUCAACACGUUCUACUCCAACAAGGAAAUCUUCCUCAGGGAACUCAUCUCCAACUCCUCUGAUGCCCUCGACAAAAUCAGCAUCCGCAAGAACCUUGUCAAGAAGUGUCUAGAGCUGUUCGCUGACCUAUCAGAAGACAAAGAAAACUACAAGAAAUUCUACGAGCACUUCAGCAAAAACUUGAAGCUGGGCAUCCACGAGGAUACACAGAACAGGAAGAAGGUGGCAGAUCUGCUGCGCUACCACAGCUCCACCACGGGGGAUGAAAUGACCUCCCUCAAGGACUAUGUAGCUCGCAUGAAGGAGAACCAGAAAGACAUCUACUACAUCACCGGUGAAAGCAAGGCAGCUGUGGAGAAUUCUGCAUUCGUUGAGAGAGUCAAGAGAGCCGGGCUGGAGGUCUUGUACAUGGUGGAGCCCAUUGAUGAAUAUGCCACCCAGCAGCUGAAGGAGUAUGAGGGGAAGAAGCUGGUGUCUGUGACCAAGGAGGGUCUAGAACUACCUCAGACUGAUGAAGAGAAGAAGGCUUGGGAGGAGCUGAAGGCCAAGUUUGAACCACUCUGCAAGGUCAUGAAGGACAUCCUGGACAAGAAGGUGGAGAAGGUUGAGUGCUCCAGGCGUCUGGUCAGUUCCCCCUGCUGUAUCGUCACCAGCCAGUAUGGCUGGAGUGCCAACAUGGAGCGCAUCAUGAAGGCCCAGGCCCUGCGUGACAACAGCUCCCUUGGCUACAUGGCCGCCAAGAAGCACCUGGAGGUCAACCCAGAACACCCAAUCAUCGACAGUCUGCGGCAGAAGGCGGAUGCUGACAAGAACGACAAGUCUGUGAAAGACCUGUGCAUGCUGCUGUACGAAACCUCCCUGAUGGCGUCAGGCUUCACGCUGGAGGAGCCACAGAUCCACGCUGGCCGCAUCUACCGCAUGAUCAAGCUGGGUCUGGGGAUCGACGAGGAUGUGGCAGAGGUGGAGGAGCAGCUCGCAGACAUGCCGCCACUGGAGGGUGAUGAUGAGGAUGAUACAUCCCGGAUGGAGGAGGUUGACUAAGAGGCAUAGAUCACUAGGCUGAUGUGAAACAUUCCUGUAGGUUUGUUGUACCAUACCAUACCAACAUUGAGA